AUGGGUGUUCUUCGUUUCCCCCGCCCAACAGGCAUCUAUGUGCCCCGUUCAACUACACCCAUUCUCACCACGGAUAUGAUCUCCCCUCCACUAUCGCCUAGUAUCUACGGCGACUCGGACAAUGUCACCGCAUCUAUCAUCCCCGCUCUCGAAUACAUUUCCUCCAAGUUUCAACAAAAGUUCCUGCACGUCACUCUGUUGAUCGGCCGGGGCAACCCGUUUCCAACAUCCAACGCAUCAAACCAGAUGAUGGUCAUCCCCGUCAGCGAUCUAGACGAACCAUCCUGGCGUCUCUUGUACAGAACCGUCUCCAAAGCCGUUCGCAAAUUCGCACUUGACAACAGCUGGAUCGAGGCUCUGACCCGGUGUCAGCACGAACGCGACGCUCACUGGUAUCUGAUCCAGCAGUCCAUCCGGCAGAACGAGGUGCUGUUUAGCAGCGAGGGAUUGACGCUGUUGAACAUGGACCGGAUCUAUACAUUCAAGCGACGGCUGUGCAUCCUCUCGCAUCGGGAGCUGGAUGUCUCGGACGACCAUCCAUACAUCAUAUCCUGCAUACGCCUCCUGCACCGCACAAUCGCCGAUUUCCAAGGCCGCCCAUUCAGCAAAGCCUUUUUCCACCGCGUCUACGAACAAUUGGACGUCCGCGACGAACACCUCGCCCGUGUCGCACGGGUAUACCAAUCCGAAUACGAGCAAGAAGGAAUCGUCCUCCCCCGGCCAACACCACAACCAGACCACCGUCACCACCAGUCCCACUCAGCUACAGCAGCCCGCGCCCGCCGAAUGCCGGUCCGACCCGUUCGUCGACGCGGUCCUCCGCCGACCUCAUCCAUUUCGCCGAAACAAGGCAAACGAGGCCCGAAGACGCCGUUGUCCGCGUCGGAUGUCACCCCUAUUACGCGAAAUGAGUGGAAUUUGCUUGUGGCGGGCGAGAUUCAGCGGGCGAAGGCGAGUGUUACAAAAUGGACGCCGUCGCCAACGGUUAUGGCGGCUGCGUGA